AUGGAAAUUGCCGGACCUCACCCACUGAACAUGCCGGAAAAUGAACUGGAUCUCCUCGAAAUCUUUCUCAACACUCUUGCUCACCAUGUGGAAAUACUCGCGGCUGAUCCAGAGAUUUCUCCAGAGCUCUGGGACUUUUUCGACGAAAUUGUCAUGCUGGCUGUCCGAAUGUAUGUUGUCGGAAACGAACCUUUCACUCACGAUGGUGUUGCGGUCGUUGAGGAGCUGAACUGGGCUCUGACCCAGCGCUAUGCUAUUCUUCUCGAGCUGGCGUUCUUUUGA